AUGAAGACAAGCACUAUCCUAUCGGUGGCGUUGCUUGGAUACCUCCAAACCACUCUAGCCGUGAAGCUGAACAUAACCGAAGUCAAAUACACAGACGGAAGACCCCAACGCAACGCAAUCGUUGACCUCCCGUACAUCGACGACUCUAUCCUCCCCAAGGACCAGCCUUGCCCUGCCCUGCCGUUCUUCACCCGCGAGAUACGACUCAUGACCGAGACCCUCACUGUCCCGACCAAGUGUUUUAUUAUGACCGAACAAUGCCACAACGGGCUGUAUAUCCUUGAUGACGAGGAGCCGUAUGUUUAUUUGAUCAACGGGGCCGCUAAGACCGUGAGAUGCUUUGAGGAUGAUGAGUAG